AGUUGUGAAAUUUACAAAUGUAAAAACAAUGUUCAAAGGAACAUGAUGAGCGUAGAAAACUCGGAAACUAUUAAUAUUAACGUUCUAUUUUUUGCGAAAAGUCGUGAGCUUGCAAAAACAUCUCGUGCAGUAUUUGCAGUCGAAUCUGUAGUUAAAACAGGUCAAUUGCUUAAACAGCUAAUUGAUCGCUUCGACUUGAGCGCAAUUAGUAACUGUAUUAUAUUAGCUCAUAACGAGAAUUACCUUGAAAACUUAGACGAAGAGAUUCGGCUACAACAGGGUGACGAAAUUGCUGUGAUUCCUCCCAUAAGCGGCGGUUAA